GCUGCCAGAAGCAGGGUGAACGGCUCCCUCUCGGAGAUCCUGCAGGUGGACCUGGGGGUGGACAACAGCAGCGACCUGGCCGGGGCCCAGCCCGUCACGUGGCAGGUGGAGUACCCGGCGGAGGACGCAGCGGGCGAGCUCGUGGUCUCGGAGAUCUUCGUCAGCCAGACCAGCUUCGUGGGCAUCGUGCCCCUCGCGAUGGACACGGAGAUCCUGAACACGGCCAUCCUGACCGGCAGGGCCGUCUCGGUGCCCGUCCGGGUGGUGGCCGUGCAGGAGGACGGCUCCGUGGUGAACGUGUCGGAGGCGCUGGAGUGCCGCUCCGCGGACGAGGACGUCGUUAAGGUCUCCGAGCGCUGCGACGCCGUGUUUGUGAACGGGAAGGAGAUGCGGGGCCGGGUGGACACGCCCGUGAGCUUCACGCACCAGCACUUCGCCGCCCAGCUGGAGCUCACGGUCUGGGCGCCGCGGCUGCCGCUGCAGAUCGACGUCUCGGACACGGAGCUGAGCCAGGUCAAGGGCUGGAGGGUCCCCGUGGCCCCCAACAGGAGGCCCACGCGGGACAGCGAGGACGAGGAGGACGAGGAGCGGAAGGGGCGGGGGUGCUCGCUGCAGUACCAGCACGCCCUGGUGCGCGUCCUCACCCAGUUCGUGGCCGAGGCGCCCGACCCGGGCCGGCUGAGCCACCUGCUGGGCCCCGACUGGCAGCUGGACGUCACCGACCUGGUGCUGGGCUUCCUGACGGUGGAGGACCCGCGCGUGGCGCAGCUGCAGGGCGGCCGGACCCUGGCGGGCCGCGAGCCGGGCAUCACCUCCGUGCAGGUCCUCUCGCCCCGGUCGGACUCCAUCCUGGCCGAGAAGACGGUGACGGUGCUGGAGGACCGCGUGGCCAUCGCCGACCUGGGCGUGCAGCUGGUGGCCGGCCUGUCGCUGUCCCUGCAGCCGCACCCGGCCGACCGCAGAGCCAUCGUCUCCACGGUGACGGCCCAGGACGUCCUCCAGGCCCCUGGGCAGGAGGCGAUCGUCAGCGCGUGGAUCCUGUUCAGCGACGGCGCGGUGACCCCCCUGGACAUCUACGACCCCCAGGACUUCUCCGUGUCCCUCUCGUCGCUGGACGAAAUGGUGGCGUCCGUGCGGCCGAGCCUGCAGCCCCAGUGGCCGGCGGUGGCCGCGGAGGGCGAGGGCCAGGGCCCCCUGGUGAAGCUGGAGCUGCUGAUCAGCGAGCCCUGCCAGAAGUCCAAGAGGAAGAGCGUGCUCGCCGUGGGCAAGGGCAACGUCAAGGUCAAGUUCGACCCCCACGUCGACCGGGGCCACGGAGGCACCAACGACAUCGAGGGCGUGAGCCGGGAGUACCAGGACCCGCUGAGCAACUCCAUCCCGCGCGGGGGAGGCCGGGAGAGGGCGGCCCCGGGGCGGCCCCCCCACGGCGCCCCCUCCGGCCACGGCCCCGAGGACAGCGCCAACCGGAGCGCCACCCCGCCGCCGCCGUGGCCCCUGGGGAGGAAGGACACGAAGCGACCCCAGGGCGGCGGCGGCCCCGACGCCUCCACGAGCUUCCCCACGCAAGGGCGGUCGCAGGGACCCCACCCCGCCGCCGGCGACCUGACCGUGACCGCGCGGGGGCUCACCGACCUGGAGAUCGGCAUGUACGCGCUGCUGGGCGUCUUCUGCCUGGCCAUCCUCGUCUUCCUGGCCAACUGCGUGGCGUUCGCCUGGAAGUACCGGCACAAGCGGCUGGCGGUGAGCGAGCAGGGCGCCCUCCCGCACUCGCACGACUGGGUGUGGCUGGGCCACGAGGUGGAGCUGCUGGAGAGCCCCGUGGACAUCACGCUGCCGUCGGAGGAGGGCGCCGCGCUGGACCGGGGGCUGCCCUUCGAGGAGAGGAACUUCCUCCUGAACGGGGGCUCCCAGGAGGCGCUCCCCAGCCAGCUGCUCCGACCCCCCGACUACGUCUACGAGACGGACCCGCGGCACCCGCCCGCCACGCCCGCGGGCCCCAAGAGGAAGCGGGUCAAGUUCACGUCCUACACCACCAUCCUGCCCGAGGAGGGCGGCGCCUACACCGACUCCAUCCUGUUCCACGGCGAGGACAGCGUCAAGUGGGUGUGCGCGGACCUGGGCCGGGGGGACCCCCGGGACUUCCGGGGCUACAUGGAGAGGCUGCGGGACCAGAUGUGA